ACAAAGACUAAGUCAAUUGACUUAGUGUUGGACCUACUGGACAUACUUCGGAUUGGGCCUGCGAUUCCUCAUGGGCCUUCUCCUUUCUCCUUCUUCUCUUCCGCUCUCAUCAGUCUGGUCCUUCUCUUCUUAUCCUAUAUUCACUUUCUUGCUUGUGCUCUAAGUCAACGAGAACAUAUAUGUGAUACUCUGUUUCGUUGUGGGAAUCUCACCGCCGGUUUCCCUUUCUGGGGAGAGUCCCGACCAGAACCUUGUGGUCAUCCUUCUUUGGUGCUUCAAUGUCACCAGAACAAGACUGCCCUAAUUAUCUCAGGUCAGAUGUACCGUGUUCUCCAAAUAGACAAAACAUCUAACCGUCUUAGACUUGCGAGGGACGACUUCUUAAGUGAAUCAUUCUGCUCUGCUACUUUCACCAGCACAACGGUGACUCCUGAGCUCUUUGAGCUUUUGCCAGACUACACGAACCUCUAUGUUUACUAUGGUUGUAACGCUUGUUUUCAAGAUCCCGUGAAUUUCACAUGUCCAAAACUUGGUGUUGCCUCGGUGCAUCGGGAUAAUAACUAUCAUGAAAACUGUGGUGCGAGUUUCAAAAUCAUUGUUCCCACGAGUUAUGUUCCAGAAGGGGAAUCUUUGAAUGUAACCAAUUUGCAAAAUGUUAUUAAAGAAGGAUUUGAGGUGAAGCUGAGGAUUGCUGAGAGGCCGUGUCAAGAAUGUAAAUCCAGUGGUGGAAUCUGCGCCUACCGCGUUGCAACUCCAGUUUGCUGCAAGGCAGCAAACUCGUCAUCAGAACCCAUAUGCACCCCAAUGAUUCCAUCUGUUUAUGAGCACUGCAGUCCUACGUUUAGAUGUGGCAAGCAGACAGAUCUCUAUUACCCCUUUUGGAAACCUGAUAGAGAAGAGUGUGGUCAUCCGGAAUUCAAGGUCAACUGCAGCGUAGAUUUCGCAGAGUUUACUAUAUCUUAUAUUAAGUUUCAAAUCCUUGAAAUGAACCACGACUCUCGUAUCAUAAGACUUGCUAGAAUGGAUUAUCUCAACAAUCUUUGUCCACAAGACCCUGAGAGCGCUUUAAUCAACCAACAAGUCCUUUAAUUUUCUAACGACACUGAAUUGCUAACUUUUUUCUACGAAUGCCCUAGUCCAAGGGUGGAUUUUCCACCUGGCGAUUACAUUAGACAGCUUCAAUGUGGGGAUACUACUGAUGAGCAAAGUUACUUUGUGAGAAAAGAGCACUCAUCUUCAUAUGAGUUGGUUGGAGCCAUCUCAAAUGAGCUAAGGUCCUCUUGCAA